UCUAACCACUUUCUCUCUCUCUCUCUCUCUCCCCCUCCAUUUCUACAUCUGUCUGUCUGUCUCUAAUUCUCUCUCUCUCUCUCUCUCAUCCCCUAUUACUCUGUCUCAUUCUGUUGAUUUCUUCCAAUAUCUCCAGAAGACAAACAGAAGCAGAGGCAUUAAUCGUCACAAGCGCCACUGCAACACUCUACAGUCUCUCUCUCUCUCUGUCGCUCUCUCUCUCUCUCUCACUCUGCUCCAACUACACUUUGCCUUUCAGCUCAGGUGCCGUACUGCUGUCGCGUCCUGUGAGCUGCUGUGAAGUAAACUGAAGCCAAAUUGUUGACUAUUUCUCUCGCAAUGAGAUAUUUGGCUGUCUUUUUUGUAUUCUUCUUGGCUGGUUGUUUCUCUUCUGCAAGACAUCAUACCAGAUGGAACACUGGUUUACCGUUUUACAACGAUGCCGUGGAAAUCGGUUAUAACAAUUUGAACCAUGAAGUGCGUUGGCCGACUAAUCUACGUCCGGUUGCUGAGUGGCCAGAGUGGAAGGACGCCACAGUUCGACAGGUGAGCGGGUUGGACACCAACCAAAAUGGCGACGUUGUGGUCUUCCAUAGGGGUACACGAGAAUGGGGCGCCAGGUCUUUUGAUCGAUUGAAUAACUUCCGAGGCCACGGUGCAAUCAAGCAGAACACUAUUAGGUUUUAUUUACCUCAUGGUAUAACAAUUGACCAAGAAGAUAAUAUUUGGACAACAGAUGUUGGACUGCAUCAGGUGAUGAAGUUCUCAGCUGGAUCAAAUCAACCCUCUAUGAUUCUUGGCAUCAGGUUGACUCCAGGAACAGACGAGAGUCACUUUUGUCAACCGACAGAUGUAGCUGUUGCUUCCAAUGGACAAUUCUUUGUGGCCGACGGUUAUUGUAACAGCAGGGUGAUGAAAUUCUCAAAGAAUGGAACUUUCCUGUCUUACAUCGGAAGAAAUUAUCAAAUGAAUGUAGUUCACAGUAUAACAUUGGUGGAGCAGUUGGACCGUAUAUAUGUGGCCGACCGAGAGAACAAACGGAUUCUGUGCUUUAAGGCUGGUCUGAAGGAUGAAAAGGAAACUGGUAAAUUCGUGUCAUCUUUGGUGAGGAAGCAGCUGGGGCGUAUCUAUGCUGUAAAGUACGAUCCUAACAUGAAUGUUCUUUACGUGGCCAGUAUGUUGUCUGGACGAGGUUUUGGCAGUACCAUCGGCUUACUGAAUGGUGAAGUUAUUGCUACCUGGCACACCGGAAGAAACCAGAUGAAUUUAAUGACGAGAAACCAGAACAACAAAGCUAUGCCCCACGACAUUGCUGUUGCACCGAACGGACGUGCGGUCUACGUCACGGACAUACUCAACGAAGACAACCCACUAUUCAAACUCCAGUAUUAAUGAAUGACGCCAUUUUAAUUUUGGGGUUAAUUCAUCAUUGGUUGGAUUUAGUUACUAAUUAGAUUACUAUUAAUUUAGAAGUUAAUUAUAGUUCUGAUCUCUACCUGUACCUUAUCGGGUGAGAGAAAGAGAAGUAAUAAUGGCAGUGAUGGGGAAACAAUAUAAAUAAAGAAAUAAAAAUGUCUAUCUUUUGCAAUGCAUAGGAUACACACACACACACACACACACACACACACACACACACACACACA